AUGUCUGACGACAAAUACAGACUGACUGCCACAAAAGUUCUUUCACUGGUGUACCAAGCCUCCAGCGACUUCGCUGAUGCUCACCAGGGACAGAAUCGUGGAGCAGCUGCGGGAACAGCAGCAGCGUUGCUUUCUAUGGGAAUCGAUAGGGUUAAUAGAACUGGCAAGAGUGCGUCUCGUAGCGGAAGCUUGGAUUUGGACUACACCGAUGAACAAUUGGAGCACAUACGACAGAUGGCAUCUUCAGCUGAGGAAAAUGAGCUCAAGAAGCACCGUGACCAUUUCGUAGACAAGUUGAUGGACAAGAUGUUGAAGUAUACGAUUCCAGACGAUUCGCCAGAUAAGGCUAUAUUCGAGCAGAAGAUCAAUGAUCCGUCCAGAAGUGAAAGACCCAACUUGUCGAUCCGGAUUUUGCUUCUGAACUUCAAAAAGCUCGCUGGUAAAAUGGGAAUGUUCUUUGAGUUGCAGUAUGGAAUCAUCCACAUCAUCACCUGGAGAAAGCCUACCAAAACCUUGACGGCUUUAGUAUUGUACACAACGAUCUGCUUGUGGCCCCAUCUAGUGGUUACGUAUCCCCUCAUAUUCUUGCUCUUCGGCAUUAUUGUUCCCGGCUAUCUUCACAGACACCCUAUGAGAACACCGGAGUUGAUCAAGGUAAAGAAACGAGGACAGCUGCUCUUUUCGUUCCUCAAUGAAGGAGCUGGUGAACACAGCAUUAUCGACGACUUACUUAGUGACUCUGUGCUAGGUGAUGAAGGACUAAGACCGACAUUUUCUGGCUCGGAAGAACUGUCCGACGUCUUACAGAUUUCUCCAUCUGAAGUUAUUUCUGAAACCAGUGUCUCUACAGAUGAUUCCAAGAAACCAAUUGCUAAGUCACAGUUAGCCUUAUUGAUAAACAUGAGAGAUUUGCAAAACUUGACGACUGACUUGUUGAACGGCAUGGAUUUGGCUGAGAAGUCGUGGUUUGAGACUUUUGGCUUCAAGGACGAGCAUCUCUCAACAUUUAUAUUCUAUGGUGUAGCAGCAGCAACUUCUGUGGUUCUAUUUCUUGGACAGUUUAUUCCAUGGAGACUUAUCUUUAUUCAGUCUGGUUGGGCUGGUAUUCUCCUCUGUCAUCCAAAGAGCAAGACAUUCUUGGUGGAGCUUAGCAACGCCAAAAAGGCUCGCGCAGCUAAAGCUCCACAGCCUGAAGAAAUCAUAGAGUCUGAAGUUAAGAAGUUCGAGACUAACGAUAUCAUUGUAGACGAUGCUCCAGAAAGGAGAAUUGUUGAAAUUUUCGAAUUGCAGAAGAAAAGUAUUCUCCACGAAAAAUGGACUUUUUAUUCGUACUCUGGCAAUAUCUUUGACACUAAGAAAAAGACAAGAUUAGCCGGCAAGAGACCUGGUGGAGUUGACCAUCUUUCCAAGGUUGUUCCUCCUAAGGAUUGGUUGUUUGACUUCGGAUUUGCUAACAAGUGGACGAUUGACUACGAGCCACAAGAGUUUCUUCGUCAAAGAAGCUUGGAAUCAAAGAAUCUUGUUAUCAGAGAGGGUGAAAAGAGCGGCUGGAUAUACGACAAGGAUGUUGAAUCGCAGUCUCUGGAUAUAACUUAUGAGUUCAGAAGAAGAAGAUUGUAUAGAGAAUGCCUUAGAUAUGGACGUGCCCCUAAAGGAUCCAGAAAGUCUUAG